AUGAGAGCCUCGAUCUUCAACUCGCCCAUCUUUCGACAGGUAACAAAAGGCAAUUUUGAGUAGUGUAGCACCAUAAAUUUCUAGCUGAUCGAAUUCGAAUCCAACACGUACACGUACGUUCUCGGAUGCCACAAGACGAGAAAGGCGGUGAUCAUAGACCCGGUGGUCGACACGGCCGCGCGCGACGUCCAGCUGAUCCGAGACCUGAACCUGGAGCUCGUCUACGGACUCAACACGCACGUGCACGCGGACCACGUGACCGGAACGAACAGUCUGAAGACGGCGUUUCCGGCGAUGAAGUCGGUGCUCGGCCGGGAGUCUGGCGGUGAGGCGGACGAGUACGUCAGAGACGGAGAGCUCAUUGAAAUCGGAGGAUUGCUGCUGGAAGUGAGGGAGACCCCAGGACACACGAACGGAUGUGUGACCUAUGUGGAACACGCGCUGAAGUCUGCGUUCACCGGAGAUGCACUGCUCAUCCGGGCGUGCGGGCGCACCGAUUUUCAGCAAGGUAACCACUCAACAGAGUUAUGGAGAGAGACAUUUGAGAAAUUUGAGGAAGCCCGUCGAAACUGUUCGAUUCGGUGCACGAGAAGAUCUUCACACUUCCGGAAGACUACACGCUCUACGUCGGACACAAUUACGAUGGAGUCAUGCAGACAACGGUGGGUGACAGCAAUUGAUGUUUUGCUCACUUCAUACCACUUGUAGGUUUGGGAGGAGAAACACCUGAAUCCACGGCUGACUAAGAGCAAGCAGGAAUUCGUGCAGUUUAUGAAGAACCUGAAACUGCAAUACCCGAAGCACAUCGACGUGGCAUUGCCGGCAAAUUUGAUGGACGGAAGGGGACAUUGA